UCACUUCUCCAAUCCUACACAGCCAUUCACCUCCACACAAUCUCAAACUACCUGAAAACUAAACUGUCCUGUAACAAACAAAAAAUCCAAAAAUGAAAUUUCGAUACACGUGGUCGAAAUUCAAAGCUUCUUUCAUCCAAUCAACUCUGUUCCCCGUUUCGGAUUACUCCUUUCACUCUGUUCAUCCAUGGCCGCCGUUGCUGCAGCAGCAGGUGGGUUUAGUAUAGGAGUGACCAACCUCCAGCUGCACCAUUUGAAACAACCCACUUCGCCAUUUCUCGGGAAGAAGCUCAGGUUUAAGCACAAAUCGCCCUAUCUUUGGACAGUAUCCGUUCAGAAUCCCAGAAAUGUACUGGUUUCGGCUCUGGGCGGUGACCUGAUACAUGUGGUUCAUAAUCUCUUUGUGGGUGUGGGUGUGGGGCUUCCUUGUACUGUGAUGGAGUGCGGUGAUAUCAUAUACAGGAGCACUUUACCCAAGUCUAAUGGCUUAACCCUCACAAUCCCUGGUGCCAUUCUGGCUUUGGGUACUCUUUCUUAUCUCUGGGCCACUCCUGGGGUGGCUCCUGGCUUCUUUGACAUGUUUAUUCUUGCAUUUGUUGAGAGGAUCUUUAGACCCACUUUCAGAAAGGAUGAUUUUGUUUUGGGAAAGAAGUUGGGAGAAGGAGCGUUUGGUGUGGUCUAUAGAGUGUCACUGGCUAAAAACCCUUCAGACAAGAAGGAAGGUGACCUUGUUUUGAAAAAGGCAACUGAGUAUGGUGCAGUUGAAAUUUGGAUGAAUGAGCGAGUGCGGCGUGCUUGUGCUAAUAGCUGUGCAGACUUUAUGUAUGGCUUCCUUGAGAAAUCUUCAAAGAAAGGAGAUGGUGAAUAUUGGCUCAUAUGGAAGUUUGAAGGGGAAGCUACAUUGGCCGAUUUAAUGCAAAGCAAAGAGUUCCCCUACAAUGUUGAGAGGAUGAUUCUCGGCGAGGGGCAGCAGUUGCCCAAAGGGUUGGAAAGGGAGAAUAGAAUCAUUCAGACAAUUAUGCGGCAGCUCUUAUUUGCACUGGAUAGUCUUCACUCAACUGGGAUUGUGCAUAGGGAUAUCAAGCCACAGAAUAUCAUUUUCUCUGAAGGAUCUCGCACUUUCAAAAUUAUUGAUCUUGGAGCCGCUGCUGAUUUGCGAGUUGGCAUUAACUAUAUUCCAAAGGAGUUUCUAUUGGACCCUAGAUAUGCUGCCCCAGAGCAAUACAUCAUGAGCACACAAACUCCAUCUGCUCCCUCAGCUCCUGUGGCAACUGCCCUUUCUCCAGUCUUAUGGCAGAUGAAUCUCCCAGAUAGAUUUGAUAUCUACAGUGCCGGUCUCAUCUUCUUACAGAUGGCAUUUCCAGCAAUGCGGACAGACAGUGGACUAAUACAAUUCAACCGUCAGUUGAAAAGAUGUGACUACGACUUAGUUGCUUGGAGGAAAACUGUAGAGCCCCGUGCUAGUUCUGACCUGAGGAAGGGCUUUGAAUUGUUGAAUUUAGAUGAAGGAAUAGGAUGGGAACUCCUUACAUCGAUGGUUCGAUACAAAGCAAGGCAAAGAACGAGCGCUAAAGCAGCUUUAGCUCACCCGUAUUUUAACAGGGAAGGUUUAUUAGCUUUGUCCUUGGUGCAGAAACUGAGGCUGCAAUUCUUUCGUGCUACACAACAGGACUACACUGAAGCUGCUAAUUGGGUGAUUCAGCUAAUGGCAAAAUCAGGAACCGAGCAGGAUGGCGGUUUCACUGAAGCUCAGCUUCUGGAGCUCAAAGAAAUGGAGCCAAAAAAGAAAGGAAAUGCCGAAAGAAAUGCUUUGGCCUCGAUUCUGAAGCUGCAACGGAAGAUCUUAAGAACGUUAAACGAAAGCAUGGAUGAGCUAAGUCGACAAGGCAAGAGCCUGUGGUGGAGUAGAUGGAUUCCCAGAGAGGAAUGAAGAUAGUUUGUAUAUAAUACAUAUUUUGCAAGUUUUCUUCUUUUUCCUUCUUUCGGUUGUAAAUUUUGUGUAGCUAUUCCAACUAAACACAAGAGAAGAUAUAGAAGCUGAAAUCUAAAAGAUACGUACUACAAGUUUUUUCAAA